AUGUCGGCUACGGUACAUCCAUCGAAUGAUGUGGAAAGCACAACUGAUGUAUUAUCGACUUCAUCAACAGCUGUUACAGGACGAAAAUUGAGCAGAUCUCAAAAAGUGCUUAUCAUUGUGGGUUGUUUUGUCGGAUUAGGUCUAAUAAUAACGGUUAUUGUUGUACCUAUUGUUGUAAAACGACAAGGAUCAUCAUCAUCAUUAGCAUCAUCACAAACGACAAUGACUUCAGUUGAUAUGUUGGAUGUCACACUAUUCACUUCAUCAGAAACUUCAAUGGCUGCACAUGUUGUAACUCCAGGUCCACCAUGUGAAACACUGACAUUUGCUCCAUCCUUUACACGUAACCUUGAAUAUUCGUUGCGUUUAAUCGCUACUGGUAAUUUCAAUGGGGACAAAUAUACGGAUCUUGUUAUUUUUUAUCUGCUUGAAAAUACUAUGGAGAUACUCUUUGGUUGUACCAACGGAAGUUUUGAAGGACAAGGGUCACUUCGAACUUUAGAGGGUGCUGUUUCGUCUGCUAAAAUCGCAGAUUUCAACGGUGAUAAACAUGCAGAUAUUGCCAUGAUUUACCUGCUCGACUACGGUCUAAGUGUGAUACUUGGAGAUGGCACAGGAAAUUUUGGAUCGGAAACACGUUAUCCAACUACUGAAGAUUCGAACCUGGUAGCUGUCGGUGAUUUUAAUGGAGAUAGUCUCUUGGAUAUCAUCGUUCUCAGCCUAACUGAGAAAGUUGCAGUAUUCGUAGGCUAUGGUAAUGGAAGUUUUUCGAUGAAAACGAGCUUCUCCUUAGGUGGUGAACCGAUGUCGGUUGUUGCCGGUAAUUUCAAUGGUGAUAAGUACACAGAUUUUGCUGUUAUUCGUAGGGACGAUACGAAUGGGAUGCAAAUGACUGCGAGUAUUUUUCUGACCUAUGCAAAUGGAACUUUUCAAGAACGAAAACUUUUUCCACGCGAUCAUUAUGCAACAGCAAUAGCUGUUGAAGAUUUUAACAAUGAUAAAUAUAUGGAUAUCGCUGUUACUAGUCAUAUACAUCAUAAUGUGAUUAUUAUUUUGGGGGAUGGUAAUGGAAGUUUUACAGAACAAAUAAUUAAUUUGCCUCGUAGUGGACCGUCAGUUACAGAUGCUGGUGAUUUCAACGGCGAUAAUUAUAUAGAUCUUAUUAUUAGUCAUUUGAAUAGUGAUGAUCUCAGUGUAUUCCGUAAUUACGGCAAUGGAAGUUUUGAAAAACAAAUGACAGUUAAAACUAUGAACAAGCCAACACAUCUGAUUCACGGUAUUUUCAACGAUAAUAAUCGACUAGAUAUUAUUAGUGAUUGUGCGUUUGGUGAUUGUAUCUCUAUUAAUCUAAAUACCUGUUAA